GUACUGAUGCCUCCCAUGUAUCUACUUGUGCUUCUGCUCUCCCAGUGUACCUUCAGCCACAGCAGUGCUUCCCUGUCGGAUGUGAAGAGUUUCAGCGGCCGAACGCUACUUGUGGACGGGCCUCGGCUGAGACACCUGUGCAAGGUUCCUCCUACGGAAGGGCUGACUCCCAACUCUCUGGUCCUGGUGACACAUAAGUGUAACGAGUUGUUGGAGCUUCUAGUGCAGAACACGACUCAAGACGACUUCAGCAAGGUUCUCCUGUGCACGAGAGGUGACCUUUCCCAAGGUCAGGAGGCCAUGGUGGCCUGGCUUCAGGAGGAGUUAAAGUAGGGUCAGGGGUCAUAUUCAGGGUCAGGAGGUCAUGGUAGCAUGGCUUCAGGAGGAGGUAAGAAGCAGAAAGUGUGAACUAGUGGAAAAGCCAGAAUGCUGUUCCCAGAUUGGUGCCAGUUUCAUGAACAGCACAUAAAGAAAUUAAGUGAUAAGGUUGGACAAAAAC